GGGAGUGGGGAAGCGCUAGGCGGCUGCGCAGACGGCGCUCCUCACACAGAGCAGACCCUCGACCCGGGUGAAUGCGGGCUUGUGCCGCCGCCGUCGCCGCCCGGGCCGAGUGACAAAGGAAGGAAGCGAGGAGGAGCCGACCUCGCAACCGCUGACAGGGCUCCGGGCCGGGGGCAAAGCGCGGACACUUCCUGAGCGGGCAAGGAGCAGAGGCGAGGGGCUGAGGGCGGCCGCGCCGGUGCUGCGGACGGGGGAGGGGGCCCCGAGGGACGGAAGCGGUUGCCGGGUUCCCAUGUCCCCGGCGUAUGGGGAGCAGUCGAGGAGCCGCUGCCUGGGGUCUGAAGGGAGCUGCCUCCGCCGCCGCCGCCGCCAUGGCCGCUGGAUCCAGCCGCCGCCUGCAGCUGCUACUGGCGCAAUGAGGAGAGGAGCCGCCCGCCGCUGACUUGACUCGCGACUCCGCCGCCCUCCCGUUCUCCGGGUCCCCGCCGUCCCCCCGCCGGAUCCGGUCGCUGCCGGAGUCGCAGCGUUUCCCGUCGCAUCUCCGAGCCGCCACCUCCCUCCCUCCUUCCCAUCCCCCUUCUCUUCAAGCGUGAGACUCGUGAUCCUUCCGCCGCUUCCCUUCUUCAUUGACUCGGGAAAAAAAAUCCCCGAGGAAAAUAUAAUAUCUAAGUACUUAUUUUCAAUCAAGUUAUCUGUCCCCGUUUCACGUGAUAAAUAUAUUUUUAAGGUUCCCCCUCACCACCUCUUUUCUCCCUUCCCGGAAAAGGAAGGUGAAAGAAUUAUAUUUUUCCCCAGCCCCAAAUCAUCUAUAUGUUGAAUAUCCACCUAUCUAUCUUGAAGGAGAAAUACAUCGCUGUUUUUUUUUAAAUAGCUAUAGAAAAGGAGUGAAAAGCCAAGAGAACGAAGUCCUUUUUUUUUUUUCCUUUUUCUUGUGGGAGAACUUAAUGCUGCAUUUAUCAUUAACCUAACGCCCCAACAUAAAACAAAAGGAAGAAAAGAAGGAAGGAAAAGGUGAUUCGGGAAGAGCAAUCAUGUCGGGGCGGCCGAGAACCACCUCCUUUGCGGAGAGCUGCAAGCCAGUGCAGCAGCCUUCAGCGUUUGGCAGCAUGAAAGUUAGCAGAGACAAGGAUGGCAGCAAGGUGACCACAGUAGUGGCAACUCCUGGGCAGGGUCCAGAUAGGCCACAAGAAGUCAGCUAUACAGACACUAAAGUGAUUGGAAAUGGAUCAUUUGGUGUAGUAUAUCAAGCCAAGCUUUGUGAUUCGGGAGAACUGGUGGCCAUCAAAAAAGUAUUGCAAGACAAGAGGUUUAAGAACCGAGAGCUUCAGAUCAUGAGAAAGCUAGAUCACUGUAACAUAGUCCGAUUACGUUACUUCUUCUACUCCAGUGGUGAGAAGAAAGAUGAGGUCUACCUUAAUCUGGUGCUGGACUAUGUUCCAGAAACUGUGUACAGAGUUGCCAGACACUAUAGUCGAGCCAAACAGACGCUCCCUGUGAUCUAUGUCAAGUUGUAUAUGUAUCAGCUGUUCAGAAGUUUAGCCUAUAUCCAUUCCUUUGGAAUCUGCCAUCGGGAUAUUAAACCACAGAACCUCUUGUUGGAUCCUGAUACAGCUGUAUUAAAACUCUGUGACUUUGGGAGUGCAAAGCAGCUGGUCCGAGGAGAACCCAAUGUUUCGUAUAUCUGUUCUCGGUACUAUAGGGCACCAGAGUUGAUCUUUGGAGCCACUGAUUAUACAUCUAGUAUAGAUGUGUGGUCUGCAGGCUGUGUAUUGGCUGAGCUGUUGCUAGGACAACCAAUAUUUCCAGGGGACAGUGGUGUGGAUCAGUUGGUAGAAAUAAUCAAGGUCCUUGGAACACCAACAAGGGAGCAAAUUAGAGAAAUGAACCCAAAUUACACAGAAUUCAAAUUCCCUCAAAUUAAGGCACAUCCUUGGACAAAGGAUUCGUCAGGAACAGGACAUUUCACCUCAGGAGUACGGGUCUUCCGACCCCGAACUCCACCAGAGGCAAUUGCACUGUGUAGCCGUCUGCUGGAGUAUACACCAACUGCCCGACUGACACCACUGGAAGCUUGUGCACAUUCAUUUUUCGAUGAAUUACGGGACCCAAAUGUCAAACUACCAAAUGGGCGAGAUACACCUGCACUCUUCAACUUUACCACUCAAGAACUGUCAAGUAAUCCACCUCUGGCUACCAUCCUUAUUCCUCCUCAUGCUCGGAUUCAAGCAGCUGCUUCAACCCCUACAAAUGCCACAGCAGCCUCAGAUGCUAAUGCUGGAGACCGUGGACAGACCAAUAAUGCUGCUUCUGCAUCAGCUUCCAACUCCACCUGAACAGUUUGAAGCAGCCAGCUGCACAGGAAAAACCACCAGUUACUUGAGUGUCACUCAGCAACACUGGUCACGUUUGGAAAGAAAAUUAAAAAGAGAAAAAAAAACCUGUUCAUUUUAGUGUUCAAUUUUUUUAUUAUUGUUCUUAUUUAACCUUGUAAAAUAUCUAUAAAUACAAAUAAUUUCAUUGUAUUUUCACUUUGCAGGAGACCCAGGGUGGGAGGGGUUAUGGGAGGGGAAAGCGGAGCACUCGAACACAUAAUCUCUCUCCCAUGACAAUCUUUUUUUUUUUAAUCAAAAGUCUACCGUUGUAUAUUUUAAAAACAGGACUUCUGCCUCGUGCCCCUUCCACAAAAGAAGAAAACUUUGUUCUGCGCUAAAGGUUUUUUUUGAACUUUGUUUUCUUUGAAAGUCUAGUGUAAGACUUUGGUAUAGUGCACAGCUUGAAAUUGGUUGGGAGCUUAGCAGGGAUAACGCAAUGGGGACUUAUGUGUCACUUGUAAAAUUAAUCCAUAUCCUCUGGUAUUAGACUUGCCUUUGGCAUGUUGGUGGCAGUGUGGCAGACAAAAAUGAAAUGUGUAUCAAGUGUAACCCAGGGACAUCAGUGCAGUUUGUAGCUAUACAGGCAAGAUCUCAGUUGAUUGAUCCAGGUUGGCUCUGCUCUUAAUCAUUGCUAGUGAUGAAAAAGCUGGUACAGGAGGCCACCAAGGAGGAGCAGCAAGCAGAACUCGGCCUGUGUGCUCCAUGGUGGGUCUUUGUUCCCCGACCAAAGAUUCUCUGCAGUCUUCAUACAGUUUUAAGUUGGUGACCUAGAAGGACACUGAAGAGUGUUAAGGCCGAAGCGGCUACAGAAGUCAGAGACUGAUGGGCCUAGAAGGGGACAGGCCAGAGGCACAUCUCACCACUGUGAAUGAGCUUGUCCAGACUUCUCCUGAAGUCAUCGGAAAGAUAUUAAGAGAGGACAUUAUCGUUAAAUAAUGUGAACUGUAACCAUCUACUGCUUUAUUUUUUCGUAUUUUUAAUUGAAAACCAAGCUUGUUGGAAUUGCCACAUCUACAUAUAAUUGUAAUUCUAAAUCCAAAUCUAGAAUCUGUAUUUAAUUUCAGCUUUUUUAACCUCAUGCUUUUUAAAUUUAUUUAUUGAUGCAUGUCAGAUAGGCCAUUAUGAUUUUAGAUGGUAGGAAUAUACAUCAAAAUAAUAAACAAGUCACCUGUACCUGCUCACAUUAUAGGAAAACUGAUUAUAUAAAUGUAUGUAUAUAUGUUAUAUAUACAUGUACUCAAUGCUGCCUUUUCUUUUUUGUCUACAUGGUAUCAAAAUUGGUUAAAGCAUGAGAAGAAUGUGUCAGCCACCCACCCACCCAGUUGAGAUUUUUUGUUUUCUUUGUUUCUCAGUGAAUAGUGUAAGAAUCAGUCUCUUGUUUUUGAAGAAAAAAGCAAUAUUCCUUGGAAAGCAAGGAGGAUUAAAGGAUUGUGUUUGCAGGUGAAGAAAGUAGAUUUUCACAACUAGUUUGUUUUAUACUUUUAGAAUUGGUAUCUCUGUGGGCCUUAUAUACUCUAAAAUGAACCUUAGUCACCUUGGUGCUUACGGGCCAUUACUUGACCUAUGAAUCUUUAAGGCACAAUCAGUUUCAUUUUACAUUUAAAGAUCCCUUGAGUGAUGGCAUCUUUCCCUCCUACCCACACCUCCACACACCUUCCGAGGUUAGCUGAUAACUGUAGAGCUUCAGAGCUGAGCACUAGGUUAUAGGGAAGCGCCCUUCACCCUCCUGGCAGCCUCCUUAGGUCGUGUUAGAGUGGCUCCCCCACCAGCUAGUAAGGAAGGGAGUCUCUUGGCAGCCCUCAUGCAGGCCUAGCACUCUGUCCUGCUUCUUCACCCUGUUUGUGACUCUCCAAGAGAGUUGUCCUGCCUGCUGAAGUGAACCAAUACCCAGAAAGACAACUGGGAGCCAUCUUAGUUUUCACUCACUGUUUAGCUAACCUUAGGCAAUAGAAGGCAUUUCUCAAACUUCCAGUUAUAUCACGGUUCAUGCGACAGGAGACAUGGUCAAGUCAAACCAAAUCAACUUUAAUUUUACUUUUUAUAAAGUGCUUCUGAGAGCUAAGACUUGGAAGAAGUCUAAAAUCAAAGUAUUUAAAGCAUAGUUCCUUAAAGGGAUUGGCUUUGAUAGACCAGUUUUAGAAAAGAUUUAUAAAGAAUCACAAUAGGCAGGUCUGUGACAGAAAUGGACCUGCUUUCAGAUCAAACUGCCCAGCCAGACAUUUGGAUACAGAUACUACUACGGACUUGGUAUACUUGCUGAAGUCUGUAAGAAUCUGUGCUUGUUUUAGAAAAUACCUUCCCUCCUCCCACCCCAAGUGGAGUAAGAGAAGGAGAAAAGUCAGGUGCUCUUUUCUCUCUCAUUUGCUCUCGCUCUCUCGCACUCUCUCUUCCUUCUCUUGUCUCUUGUCUGUCUCGUGUGUGUUGAGGGCGCAGAGGUGCACAAUUUGUCCUCAAGAAUCAUGGUGGGAUCACAGAACUCUUUUAUACAAGUGAGAUCCAGGUCUCUGAAUAUCUUUGUAAAUAAUAAUUAAAAGCUCCUCACCAAAUUCAAGCUUGUACAUUAUAUUUUCUUUCAAUAUUUUUAAAUUUAAGUUUUAUUGUUUUGUAUGUAAAUAUGUGGACCCAGGAACUGUUAUUAAUGAGCAAAAAGUUAACUGUUCAGGGCAGUGAUUCUGUUUAAUAAUCAGACAAAAUGUAGACGAGCUUUUUAAAGCCAUAUAGUUUUAACUGUACAGUAGGUACCGGCCUGUAUUAUUGUAACAAUAACUCUAGCAAUGUAUAGUGUAUCUAUAUAGUUUGGAGUGCCUUCGCUUCUAUGUGUUUGAUUUUUUUUUUGUUUUGUUCUGUUUUUUAUUUUUCAUUUUUAGAAUUUUAUUGUUUUCCUUUAUCCAUGACUCCCUGUACAUUCCUCUUUCCCUUUUAAAAUAACUCACAAAAUUAUCUUUGCCCCCUCCACAGUUGUUUCAGUGACAUCAUGCUCAGGAGUGGGAAGAGGAAACCACGUUCAUAAUCUCAUUUCAUUCAAGCCCUGCCUUUGUUUUAGUUCUGAAUGUCUGUUUCCUCCUCAGUAGUGACCGGUUUCAUUUCAUACUUGGUCCGUACAGGAACUUAGUACUGGGAGCCCUGGAGCUGGAGGAUAUCGAAUAGAUUCGAUUUUGCUCGUCUCUUCCACAAACCCUAACCAUGGGUCUUACAGCAGAUUCUGGGAGCCUUCCAUGGUCGAUCUCUCCCUCCCCCCUCUCUCUGCGUCCCUCCCAAAUGAGAGAGAGAGAAAUGAUUUUUUUUUCUAAAUCAAGGUAUCUUCACAGUAUCGACUUUUGAUAUGGCAGUGGUCUAAAAUGCUCUAGUGCACUUACUGGCAGUCUACAGCAUGGAGUACCUCCAUGCCCGUGGAGCACUGUUGUUUUAAUACAGGACUCUUAGCCCAUACCCUCUCUCCUGCCAUCUCUACCCCUGUUCAAUGAAAUAUCAUUUUAAUUUCUCUUUUAAAAAUCAGUUUAAUUUUUUACUGUGUGCCCAACAUGUAGUAGGCCUUUUUUGAAAGAAAAAAAUGUGUAAAGUAGUUGUUUUGCCUCCAAGUACUUCAUAUAAAAUGUCUUGAAGAAAAAACUACCAAACCAAAGGUUACUAUUUUUGAAACAUGCAUUCAUUCCAGCAAGGCAGAAGACUGCACCUUCUUUCCAAUGGCAUGUGUCAUUUAAAGUCCUCUAAGUUUUAGACCCAUCUUCUUAAGUUUGUGUUUUAACAAAGUAAUGCCUGACCAGUCAGUCAUCUCUGUCUGCACCAAUGCAAAGGUUUCUGAGAGGACUAUUGUAUUCUCUUAUCCCUGUGGAUAUAAAGACACUGGCAUUUCAUUUAUUUUUCCCUUUCCUUUUUAAAGAAUUUAACUUUGGAAUCUUCCAAAGGAAGGUUGGCCAAUGCCAGAUCCCCAGGAGUUUGGGGUUUUUCUUUAUUUUAAACCAAAAUUGUGUCUGAUUCCUAUUGUUGAUUUUAAUGAUAAUCUGAUCACAGAGAUGAACACUUAUCUGUCCUGUAUAGAAAAAUAAGCAUGCUUUACAAUAAAAUCUGUCUUUUCAGUAGAAACCUGAGCCACUGAAAACAAGAGAGACAACUAGAAAUACAGUAGAGUCCCAGACUAAGGUCUACCUUUGAGAGGCUUUGAAAGUAAUCCCUGGGGUUUGGAUUAUUUUCACAAAGGUUAUACUGUUUUUUACUCAACUUUGUCGCUCCGUUUUGCACCUCCGCAGUAAAAGCAAAAUGACAACCAGUACAUAAGGGGUUGGCUUGAUAAAGUAGACUUCCUUGUGUUAACUUUUGGUUUUUUUGUUUGUUUUUGGAUUUUUUGGGUGGUUUUUUUUUUACUAUAUCUGUCUACAGGCAGAUACAGAUAGAUGUAUGAAAAUGUGCUUGCCUGUAAAAUUUGCAUUUAUAAAUGUGUUGCCGAUGGAUCACUUGGGCCUGUACACAUACCAAUUAGCGUGACCACUUCCAUCUUAAAAGCAAAUCUAAAAAAUUUAUUAUAUAUAUAUAUAUAUAUAUAAAGGACUGUGGGUUGUAUACAAACUAUUGCAAACACUUGUGCAAAUCUGUCUUGAUAUAAAGGAAAAGCAAAAUCUGUAUAACAUUACUACUUGAAUGCCUCUGUGACUGAAUUUUUUUCAUUUUAAAUAUAAACUUUUUUGUGAAAAGUAUGCUCAAUGUUUUUUUCCCUUUCCUGUUCCCUUGUAAAUACAUUUUGUUCUAUGUGACUUGGUUUGGAAAUAGUUAACUGGUACUGUAAUUUGCAUUAAAUAAAAAGUAGGUUAGCCUGGAAAUGAAACUAAAAUUCACAAGUGUGUGGUCUUUAUUUCAGUACCCAUCCCUCUUCUUAUUUUGCCACUGUACUGCAUAGUCACCAUUUCCAUUCCUCUAGGGAAACAUGAAUAUUUGUUAUAAAAAUCAAGGCAUGAAUGCCAUGUCAUGUUCUUUCAAAUAACAUUACUCUGCUGUUACGGCCACAAGAGAUGCAGCUUCCCACUUGGAAACCUUUGGAUUCAAUGUAAAGGAAGCUUUGCAGACACUGCUUUAAAGAGAAAGAAAACAGUCCCUAAAAGGGACAGUUGUAAAGACUGUGUACAAGCUGCUGUCUUUGGUUACUGCGUUCAUGGUUUGGUGUAUCUGUAUUUUCUUUUAACUUUCAUUCUAUUAGUAAUAAUCUUUGGGGGUCUCUGUAAAAUAUAUGAAUACCACAAACAGUGGGGCUGUACCUCCCAGGUAACCAACAUAUGUUGUGUUUGAGUCUGCUCAUUUUCAAUACUGGAUGGUGUAUGUAAACAUGUUAUGUCUCUUAGUGCAAAAAGAAACAUUUUUUUAGGGCUGACUCUGUCAGUCCUGAUUGAAAGGCUAGAUAUAAGGUCAUGUGACUGCUGCUUCAAUAAAAACAAAUUUAUAUUCCA